UGCAGAGUAUCUAAACACAACCAUCACUUUUCGCGGUUUGAGAGGGAUCUGUUCGUCCGUAAUGUCCUUGGGUAUGAAAGAACAGGUAUAUGAGGUCUUAAUCACGUAGAUUAUUGUACCAUUAAGGAGGGGUCAUCUAUUAGAUCCUGACUGUUUCUGAGUCAUCGAAGAUCUAGCUAUAGGUGCGGGUGGCGCACCUACUCUACCGAUAAUUGUCGUCUGGCUAAUUCUGUGAUAAGGUGCUCUAGGUCUGGCACUUAACGGGGAGCGACAAACAACAUCAUAUCCACGGGAUCGCAACCCUACAAGUAGACUGCGUUUGGAGAUUUUUACAGCAUCGACGUUUAGCCUGACCCGGGAUUCGAACCCACAACCUUGUGAUCUAGCUGGUAGACAGCGUGGUGGCACGAGAUGUGGUUCUCCGUAAUUCUGGUGUCCGCGUGCUGGGCUUGUGCGACUGCGACGGCUUCCAACGUAACAACGCCGAGCCAGCAGUCGCUGAAAGGAAGGUUCUUUCGGGUCGUGACUUUCGAGGAAGAGCCUUUCGCCAUAAAGUCGACCUCCAACAACGAGACCACCUGGCGGGGCUUCUGCGUGGACUUCUUAGACGUGCUAGCCUACAAGCUGCAGUUCACGUACGAGCUGCUAGAGGCGCACGAUGGGCAUGAGGGGACGUAUCACGAGGGCGAAGGAUGGACCGGUGCGGUGGGGGACAUCGUUCAUGGUAGAGCCGACAUGAUAGUGGCGCCUCUAACCAUUACGUCAUACCGGGAGGACGUCAUCGACUUCACCAAGCCUUAUAUGGAAUACGGCAUCGGUAUGCUAAUGAAGGUGCCUGACGCGCACGCGCACCACGACUACUGGGCGUUCCUGAAACCGUUUGAACUGCAGGUAUGGCUGACGGUGAUUGGCUGUCUGCUGGGCGUGGCCGUUCUCAUGGUCCUGCUAGCUGCAAUGCGUAGCGCGUUCACCAGGGGCGCUCUUAGCGAUGAGGGCGUGAACUUGGGAACCACCGUAUGGCUCUCCGUCGGUUGGAUAACUGGAG